UAAGAAGAAAACCCUAACUCGAGUAGCACGUGUGACAGUUAAUACAAAGAGUAGCAAGCGCCGCAGUGCGUAAUCACAAGGAAGACCGUUCGAUCGAACACCACGUCAUCGAUCCGCGUGAAAUCGUAUCUGAACGGCUCAGAUCAUUUUCACAGAGUAACUGAAGAAACGAAGCGAAGAAGAGUCUGGUAACUUGGCUUCGUUGUUUCUCUACUCUCUCGUGCUCGAUUUUCCACUCUUCAAUGAAAACAGAAUCUCAAAUUUUUGUGGCGUCGAAGAUGAAUUUCACGGAGGAUUCUGAGAAAGUGAAGAAAAUUGAGGUUGUUGUUUUGAGUGAAGAUGAAGGUGAAGACGAUUAUGAGUCAGUGGAAGAAGUAGACGCCGGAGAAGACGACGGUGAUGAGGAUGACGAUGUUGAUGAUGAGGAGGAGGAUGAAGAGGAGGAGGAGGAGGAUGCUCCUGACGCCGGCAACGACGAGGAUGAUGAUGACGAAGAGGAAGAUGGAGAUGACGAAGCAGGUGGUGGUGAGCGUGGUGGUGACUCUGAUGAUGAUGACGACGACGACGAGAACGAUGACGACGAGGAGGAUAACGAUGAAGAGGAUGAUUUGGGAACAGAGCACCUCGUUCGCCCUAUAGGCAAUGCUGAAGAGGAGGAAGCUUCUAGUGAUUUUGACCCAGAAGAAAAUGACGAGGAUGAAGACGAAGAUGAUGAUGAGAAGGAUAAGGUUCCACCGAAAAGGAAGAGGUCAAAUAAAGAUGAUGAUUCCGAUGACGAUGAUGGAGGUGAAGAUGAUGAAAGACCCUCGAAAAAAUAGAGUUGGGCUAUUUCUUUGUUUGAGGACUUAACAAACCAAACCAUAGUUGAAGUAGAUCAGCAUCUGUCCUUUGAACGCUUUUCAGAGAAAGGAUGAGUAGGUCAAUGGAAUUGUUUUGUGUUCUCUUUGUAUUAUUAUCAUCAUUAGUAUUAUGGUGCAACAUUGUUAGGAUUUUUAGUUUUUGUCUGGUUGGUGCAUAUAGUCAAUUGUGGGUCGAAAACAUCUGCUAGGACAACUAAUGUGGAUUUCAAUUUAUGCAUAAUAUUUCUGACA